AUUCAUUAUUUAUUCGGGCAAAACAAAAUAGUCAAUAAAAUAAGUGAGCAACAUUAAGUUAACUAAAAGCGUACGGCUUGUGGGUGUGUAAGCUGCGAUUCACCGAAAGUGUUCAUUUGUUGUUAUUAUUGGCAUCAAAAUUUCGCACAUACUCGUAUAUAGACAUAUGCGGCGGCAACAAGGCAUUGAAACGAAAACGUAUAAUCAAAAUCAAAGCGGCAAUUAAAAAUUAUUCUUAAGAUAAAAGUUAACAUAGUGUUUUAAUCGGCGAAAUCAUUUAAAAUCUAAGUUCAAGUAUUGUUUUCGUGUCUCGGUCUCGCACAACUCGAAUUUCCCGACGAGGGUGGAAAACCGUGAAAAGUGUUUUCGCCUGUGUGUGAAUGUGUACAUGUGUGUAUCGAAUAAUGUGAAAAACCUUGCCAAAGAAUAAUAAAGAAAACGAAAACAAUGUUUAAACAACAAUUUAAUGCAUUCCUUGCACGAUAAGUGUAACUCAGUCGUUGCAACAAACCAGCGCACGCACGCACACAUAUAAACACAAAAACAAAAAGCAGGCACCAGUUUUGUGCUGCAAGGCGAGGCGUGUCAGGAUUGAAACGACGUUACCAUCGCUGUAGUCGUUGCCACUGCCACAAUCACACAGCUUUGAGCCAAAUUUUUUGGCCCUUUACUUGUGCACAGCAGCAUAGCACGCAUACACAUACACCUAAGCAUACACUGCUGGUUAUUCCUGUUUGACUUCAUUUUCAUUCGCGCCGCCCGCUGCCAAUUUGGAGCUACUUUCGCCUCAUAAGCAUACAUAUAACAUACAACAAUUUUUUGGCAAGCAAAAUGUCGACGCGCUCGCAAUUAACGAAGGACUUAAAUGAGAGCGUAAAAGCCGUUCUGGGUCGUCACACCAAGAUUUUGGUCAAAUAUAUGGUCAAGUUGGAAACGAAAGGCGAUAAAACGGAGAAUCGAGUUUUGGUUUUCACGCCAGUACGGAUUUAUUUGCUCAGUGCUAAAGUUCCCACAAAGAUCGAAUGUCAUUUUCACUAUUUGGAUAUUGUGGGAGUGGAGAGCAAAAAACCAACACACUUUUCUAUUAUAACAAAUGAUCGGCCAUAUUCAUUUGCCACCACUGGCGAUGCGGGCAACUUUAGUUCGAACGCCGACGUCGUUUUAACCGAUUUGGCCUCUGCGAUUAAACAAAUAUUUCCAACAGUUCCUCUCAAGUAUAUUAUUAAAAAGAUCGACAUACAACCACCUGAACGCGAAACAAUUUUCUCCGAGGAAUUCCGACCCUCCGACCCGCGCAAUGUGGGACCCUGUGGGGGCUUUAGUGCUCAAUAUGCCUGCAUGUGCGAUUUUCAUGGCGUGCCGUAUCGAGAGGAAGUGGCCUGGGAUGUCGAUACUAUAUAUUUAUCGCACGAUACGCGCAUCUUGAAUUUGCGUGAUUUUGAUCAUUUGGAACCAAAAGACUUAAUGGCCAUUGUAUCCGCCUUGGAGUAUAAUACAUUUUUUCGUGGCCUAAAGGCUGCGCACAUGCGACUAUCGCAUGAGACUUUGGAACGCAUAUUGCAUGUGCUCAAGCGUUCGAUGUGGCUGGAGGAGCUGCAUUUGGAGGCAUUAGGUUUAAGAUGGGAUUUUCUAAGUAAGCUAUCGAUAUCUGUGAUUACAAAUAGUAGUCCCGCCAUUCGCACCAUCGAUCUGAGUCACAAUCUAAUUGAGGAUAAAGGAGCAAGCUCAUUGUGUGCCCUACUUGGGAAAAUUGUACAAGGAGCCAUACAUCUGGCCGGUCCCAUAGCCAAAGUCUCCAAGGGCCUGUGCAAACUGGCACUCGCGCACUGCGGCCUCACAUCGAAGGGCGUCAAUCAGAUGUCGCAUUCACUGACGCUCAAUCAAAGUAUUGCCAAUUCGCUCACGUAUUUGGAUCUAAGCGGCAAUAGUCUAAAGGAUGACAUAACCAAUUUGCACAAUUUUCUGGCUCAACCCAAUGUGCUGGAGCACUUGGAUCUUGCCUCAACGGACAUCCUGCUAGAGAACCUAUUCGGUGCACUUCUGCGCGGCUGUGCGACACACCUGGUACAUCUGAACGUCUCACACAACUCGUUUAGCACCAAAAAGGGCAAAGAGAUACCCCCCUCCUUCAAGCAAUUCUUCACGAGCACACUCAGCUUGAAGCAUCUGAAUAUUGCUGGCUGCAAACUGCCCAUGGAGGCGCUCAAAAAUUUGUUGCUCGGCCUAGCCUGUAAUGAGUCAACAGCUGGACUGUACUUAGACUUAAGUAGCAAUACGCUGGGUACGCAGGGCGCCCAUGUUCUGGAGUCCUGCAUACAUGGCGUGCGUGUGCUCCAGAGUCUGGACAUCAGUGACAAUAAUUUGGAUUCUGAGCUGGCACCAGUGUUGACGGCCAUCUCGAAGAAUCCGUCGAUACGGACGCUGCAAAUGUGCCGCAACUUGACGGGCAUGAAGCCGAAGCACAUCCCGCCCGUAAUGGAUGCUCUAGUCAAUCUAAUACAGAAGGAUGAUUUUCCAUUGGCCGAGCUGGUGUUGUCGGAGAAUAAGCUAAAGAACGAUAUUCAUGACUUCAUAAAUGCGCUGGGCAGCAAUCAGAGUCUGCAGAAAUUGGAUAUUAGUGGCAACUACAUGGGGGAUGUGGGCGCCCGUUUGCUGGCCAAGGCCCUGCAGAUAAACAAUAAGCUGCGCACGAUUUAUUUGGACAAGAACAACAUAACGCUGCAGGGAUAUGCGGAUAUUGUGUAUGCCCUGGAGAAUAAUCACAGCAUGCGCACGAUUCCGUUUCCCGUGUUUGACAUUGCGCCGCAUCUAAAGAAUCAUCCAGACAAGACGGAUGCCGUAAUGCGAAAGAUGCAGGAGCUGCUGCAGCGAAAUGGGAAUGGGCUCAAACGAGCCACCGGGCAAGGCUUUCGACUGCAACAUGGCUUUAUGCUGUCCUCGACACACCAGCUGGUCGAUAAAUUGGUUGCCGAAACACAAGAUACCAUGUCCAUAGCCAAGGGCAACAAUGAAUCCAUGACAGCUGUCCAGCGGCUCAUCACAGAUGCAGAGAACUGCAAGCAACUGAUGCCAAAGCUCCAGGAGGCAGUGCGCAGUGAUGCCCAUCCCAUAGAGAGUAAAUUGACGCGCGUCGCCAGCGAACUGAGCUACACGAUCAAGAGCUAUUUGGAGGAGACGCUGGAGACCAUGAUACGCACCGGUAUCGAGCAGUGCCCCAAGACACUGGGCAACCAGAUAGUGGUGCAGGACUUGCGCAAAGUGCUGAGCGAACGUUUGGUGGUGCCCGAAGAUUUUCUACAGAACUGUCUGCUGAAUAAUGCGGGCAGCGAAAUUAUGAAUAAAGUUGGCGAAAUUGAGCAAUCGUUGGCCGCCACCAUUUCGGAUCGUGCCACAGAUGAGGUGCUCGAGGCACUGACACGCUACCGUCGUGGCUUGGGCAUUUCGGAAUCGCCAUCAGUGAUGUUGCUGGAUGAGCCACAAACCCCGGAUAUUGUACGCAGUCGUUCGAGUCAUGAUGCCGAUGGUUUGAUCAUACGCCCCGGUGGACGAGGCUCAAUAUUGCCCAAACUGGGCUUGGAUUCGCCCACUAAAUUGGAAUAUCUGAACCUUGCCACUCCUCAUUUGCCCACCAAGCGGCGAUCUGUAGCUCGCAAGGUGCGUCCUCAAUCGGUUGUGGAGAAUCUCAGUCUGGGCCACAUACCGGACCUACUCGAGUCGCCAAAUUCACAUCGUUCCAACUCCCAGCUGUCGACGCGGACAGGAGCCACUUGCACCAACAACAUGACAGACAGCACUGUGGUCAUGGACGAUGGUGGGGUGGAUGAGUGCUGCGACUCCAUCACCGAGUUGCCCAGCGCCUCGUUUCAGCUCCAGCAUUUGGUGAAGGGGCGACCGAAGCGCGCCAAGACGCGUGCACCAACACGUCCACUAGUCAACGCAGAGUGCACCGGAGGCGGUCGUGAGAUUGGCGAGGGUCUGGAGCACUUCUUUCGACCGGGCUCAGUGACACCCACCACGCUGACGCCACUCGUUUCGCCCACAUCCGAGGAAUGCAGCUCUCUGUCGUUUGUCGACAGUCCAACCAUGAGUCGCGACGGUAAUGGACACAUGACCUCUGAGGAAACCACGCCCAUACUCGAGGAGCGCAGACCAAUUAAAUUGGAGCGGCAGUCGCCGUUGCUGAAAAGCGCUUCUUGGGCCACACGUUCACGCUCGACGGAUAACUUGGAGAAAUACUCUCCGCUGGUUGGAAGAAAGUCGCCGCUGGUAAAAAUGCGUACCGAAGGUGGUCCUGGGGCCGAUGAAAUGGCCGCACCUGCAGUGCCGGGUCUGCUUAAGCCAAGUACGCGUGAUGACAAAAUGCGUUCGCCCAGCAGCGAUUCGAUCAAAAGCCAUGCCACUGGAGAGGGCAGCGUGAUAGUAAAGACGGGUAAUGGCAUUCUGAGGACGCCGAUUGUUCUGCAGAAGCCACGACCCUGGUCUGUGGUGGGCAGUGAGCCGAAGUCAAACAGUGAGGGUAUUACAGGCAAUGGAGACUCGACGAAAACUACUCCAGACAGGCUGGAAGAAGAUGUUGAAGUUCUUGCAUUUGGACAGAGCACUGGAGGCUCUAUUGUGGGUAUUACACCGGGUAUAGCCAUAGCAGCAGGUGGCAGUGGUGGCGGCAGCAUUGUAGGCAUUACACCAGGCGCCGCCUUAGAGAAGAAAUCCGUUCGAGAACUGGCGGCGGGUCUCAGUCGUUUGGAACUGCCCCUCAAGCCGCCAAUAAUGCCCAGAACUGUUUUGAAUACAGCGAAUAGAACAAGCGUUACUAGUAAUAGCAGCACUAGCUCCAGUUCCUCAACUGCCGCCGCUGGUACGACAACAGCAACAACAAAUCUGACAACGACGACAGUAGUGAGUAAUCAGCUGCGUUCCAAGAUCAUCAGCACGAGCAGCACGAACAACGAAACUCAGGAAACUCUGAGUAAGACCAUCAUCACGGAGCACGGCAAUAAUACCAGUAGUAGUGUCAGUAGCAAUGAACAGAAGCAUGCCAUGGCCUGUGCGAGCCUCAUCAGCAAUGAAAUACUCAGCAUUCGGAAUGGCCAGGCCAUAACGAAAACAUCCAGCUGUGCCGAGAGCAAUGUGAAACGGAUAGCGGGCAAAGAGAUCUCAACUCUAUUCGAGGCGACAUUAGUUGAAGGCCUACAGCGGACCUCCAUGCGUCGCUCAAAUAGAGAAUCGCCGUACACAAAAGAGGAUGUCGUUGAUUUAUAAAUUGUUUAGAUACAUGUGUGCUCAACAUUCCUUUACAACAAUAAUCCCCCCUCCCAAUAAGCCGAAGAGCUGCCGAAGUUUUCGCGUGCGUUGAGGAAAAUUCUGAUGGCAACUUAUGUCUUUAAGCAUUCGUACUGAACAAUAAUGUAUGUGCAAUUGCGCGUGUUUUGUUUUUGAUUUUUAAACUUUAUUUUAAAUGAACGUGAUUUAUUUAUUUAUAUACUUUUUACCUAAAAAACUUUUGCAUAUUUAUACCUAUAUAUAUAUAAACAAGUCUUUUGUGUAUUA